CACUAAAGUAUUAUCCGGAUUUUGCUAAAGCGCGACUCAAUGUCCAGCCCCAGUGCGGAGCAAAAUAAAAUGGCGGGCGAUGCUGUUGAUUGCAUGUGAUGAAUGUGGACAGUAACUUGUGUUUCCAGAUCUACAUUUUUCAGCUCUUGUAAGCGUGGUACCAGUAAAGAUGAGCACCUCUGAAAACAGCUCAAUCGGAGCCAGACACGAGGAUGAGAGCAUGGAUCAGAUCAUGGCUGAUAUUGAAGAUUUUUUUCAGGACGACUCGGACCAGUCGGCCUAUGUAGCCAGCCUUGACCUUGACACCAGGGCGAUGACCUCAGGGGACACCGCUUCUAUACUGGAGCAGAAUGCCUGUACUAUCGGCAAGAUAUUGGAGGAGUGUGAAAGCUUGACAGCGUCAACUUCAAAUAGUGAACAAACUGGUAUCGAGGAAAGUGGAUCUGUGAAUGAAGCGACAAGUAGCAGUGAAGUCCCUGGUACUUCUGGAGUGCAGACUGCUGAUCGGUUUAUUGAAACGCAAAGAAAGCACCCCGUUGUUCUUCUCACGCGGCUUUCAGCAGAAAUAAUUUCAGCUUCUCAGAAAGUUUCUUCUAAGGGUAAAGGAAAGGCUGGUGUUGCAACAAAGGCAAAAGGCACUCCCACAAAAGCUCAAGAGACAAAGAAGGGAAAAGUUUAUGGUGAGGACGAUGCAUUGUCAGACUUAUCAGUGUCAGAUGCAUCCUUAACAGAUUUUGCUGAGUUCGCAAACUCUGAUGAGCAUGAUAAGCAAAAGAAGUCUUCUGAUUUUGACGGAAGCUCUGAUAUUCUGUACGUCCUUGGGUCAGCCUGUAGCCAGGAAGGAGAGGCUUCUUCGUCCUCUGGUAAAAACCAGGGCCAAAAUUCUUCUGUUAAGACUAAAGCCCAAGGAAAGACAUCUGCCAGGCCAGAAAAGCAUAAACGGCAGACCGAAGGCAAAGUGGAACCAGCAAACAGAAAGAGGAAACUGGAGCCCUCAAAUUCAAAGCAAAAAGACCAGAUCUCUAGUAAAAGUGCCAAGCAAACAAAGCAUGUGCCAGAAUCUGGCCAGACGCAAAAAGAUUCCCAAACAACGGGAGAUUCUACCCCGUUGGCCUCACCAAAAGGCGUUUCAGAGGAGAAGUGUAAGCAAAGCGAGGUUCCAGUAAAACUGGCGGACGCCAUGAAGCAAGAGUCCAAAAAUCAUGAACCAGGGAGACUGGCUUUUGAUUUUCACCCAAGUGAAGCAGAGAAACUCCAGCAGUUAGUGCAGCAGAAAGAGAGGAAGUCGGAGAACUCUAAGCAGAAAAUUGCCAUAAUCCACCGCAUCCCGUGCUCGAUGGGCAGGAAGAUGCUCUCACCUCUCUUCCCGUAUUCUGUGGGGAUCAAAAUUCCAGAGCAAAAGGCUUUGUACAAUGGACCCGUCGAGGUAGUCUUUGAAAGCGAGGCCUGGAUGAAUGCUGUUCUGAGCUGCUUCAGGAACCUAUGCUUUCAUGCUAAGAAGGACAUGCAACACAAGUUUUUCCUUCUGAUCAAGAACUUUGAGGUGCCAAAAGAAUCACUUUCAGACAAAAGUGAACAUGAUAGAAGACCGGAAGUGCGCGGCCGUGGGUUUUCUCCUGGGUCGUCUUCACGGCCAGGGUUUGUUGGAGGUCGGUCUGCUAGUGGAGACAGGUCAAAGGACCGUCGCGAUGGCACCGGUCAGCGGGACAGGUCUGGCCAGAGGAAACAAGGACAAAGCGUUUUCAGGCAGGGGGGGCUUCAGCGUGAAAGGUCGAUGGAGAGAAAGGGCCGAUUUGAUCGUCCUCAUCAGACUAGUUUCAGGACUCCCGAGAAAAUGAGUGAGACUGCAUCGAUCAUGGCAUCAAACUUGGAAGGGGUGCGCAACAUAGCAGCAGCGAGGGAACUUGAUGUGAAUAACCCAGACGUGCUGCGGAUAUUAGAGAUGCAGCUCCAGCUGGAAACUCUACACAACAUCACGCGGCGUCAGGCCAUGGAGGCCAACAGUCUCGGGAUCAGCGUCCCUCACGUGAUCGCUGGCCGUGGCCUGGGCCAGGGGGCCGAGCUGGACGUGGCCCGAGAAAACGCUCUGAGACAAGGGGACUCGAUGCGUUUCCUGCGAGACCAGCGGGGGCAUCAGGAGGAGGUCAGAGAUCGGGAAGCUUUGAGAUUAAGGGAAGCACGGCAACGAGAGGAAAGUUUGGCGCAGGGGAGUGUGCAGAGACUGGAGGAGGCUCGGAGAUGGAACGAGGCGAGGAACGUUGAGGAAGCGAAGAGACGAGAUGAAAUGCUGAGACGGGAAGAAGCCGAGAGACAGAGGGUGUUACUUCAAGAGGAUGCCCUGAGACGUGAACGAGAGAAAAGACAACAGGAUCUGCUCAUGGCAAGCGCUCGGAAGGAUUUCAGACAAGACCAUCACACACCCCGACAGAGGUUUCAAGGUUCUGACUACCGAAAUCAAGUGGAAGGAAGUUCCAGGCAGGACAGUAGCUUACGCGGGAACGGUCUGCUGCCUACUCCUCCAGCUAGUGGUGUAGUUCCGGCAGGGGCUGGGGCAGCCUCCAGCACUACGAAGACGUCAUCCCCGUUCCUGUCUUCCAAAGCCAAACACGACUAUGGCAGCAGGCAAAGGUCAACGCCCUCGUCCAGAUGGACUCCCCAAAGGACAGAAGACAGUGGCCGGCGUAGCCAGAGCUCUGAUAAAAAAUCUGGGGUUUCCCCGGGUCCUCGACAGGGCCAGAAGGACAGGAGCAGCCAAUCUAAAGAUGCAGGACAAAACCAGGACAAGCCAUCUCCGUUCAAACGUCGGUCAAGAUGGGAAGAUGUUGCGGAGCCUGGACAGCGUGCCGGGGAUCCCGCGCAGAAACGGAGGAAACAGUCUCGAUGGGAAACCCAAGAAGACGGCAGAAAGUCAGCAGAGACAGCUGGGAAUCCGGUUCCAGGUGGUGUGGAUCCGACAAGAAAUGAUCAACCUUUGACCUUCGGGCGUCCGCCUCCAGCGAAGUCUGUGGAGGAUGCAGUCCGUGACGACAUGGAGAGGUCUUUGAAAGCAUCGUCGGCGAGUAAAGGAGCGUCGCUCGCUGUGUUGAACCAGACACACAGAGGUCAUCGGGCCAGCGCAGCAGCAGAGGAGGUUCUUCUGCCCGUGCAGUUCGGCAAAAAUGCUGAAAAGAAAACUCCUUUUGUGUUAGCUUCAGAGAAAAAUAAAAAUGAAAAGCUCAUGGGUAACAGAAGAGACAGUAAGGGUUGGAACCCCAACGCUGUGGAUUUGGGUGAAGCUUCUAGACCUAAGUUUCACAACGUAGCAGAUGGUCAGCAGCGCGAUUUUCACCAGGCAGGAAUGAGUCGAGGUAGGGGCGGGGUCCUAAAUAGAGGAGGUCAGGGCGGGAGUCCGCUGUCGAGGGGAGCAUUCAGCACCGGUGCUCAGAGGGGGCGGGGCGUCGGUCGAGGGGAGAGGAAGGAUUCGUGGAGCGAGCAGGGGUCUGAGAGGUCGUGGCAGAGAGAUGAGUUUGCCAGGAAGGGCGGGUUUGGUCCACAGAAAGAGCAGCAGCAGCGUCCGGAUAAAGGUCGCGGUGGGAGGUUUUCCGGGCGAGGUGGUUUCGGCGCAGAGUCUGCGUUUAGGCCGCAACAAGAGGAAGAAAUUCCUGAACGAUCGCAGUUUGGAGGCGGUUAUGAACACGAACAAGACGGACGCGGUAGAGAAGGGAGAAGCUUCUUUGGGGAGUCUGGAGGCGUUCAUUCCCGCCAUGCCCCGGAUGAGAGUAAAAACUGGGAAAGAGAUAGGAAGGCUGAGCAUUUCGACCCUCAUUCUUUUGCAGUACCAGAGUCGCGGCACAGUGCGAGGGAUGGGCAGGUACUGGGAGGACGUAAGGUUGCCAAUUUGCCAGGCCAGCUGGGUAGUCGCGGUGGUGGCGGGCAAAGAGGUAGAGGGGUUGGGAGGAUUGAGUCGCAGCGAGAAUUUUUCCCCAAGGAACACACGGGCUACGGUCAAGAGGAGCACUGGGACUAUGAUAGUGGGGUACAUCCGGAGCACGGUGCAGACGCCUAUUUGGAUCGCGGAAGGGAUGGGGGCAGAGAGGGCGAGGUGGGAUGGGAUGAGGAAAAAGAGGUGAGGGGAGGGUUUCCUCAUCCUCGUCCUGCUCAAGGGGGAGUGGACUACGGGAAACCUUUUGGUGGAGGGGAUGGGUCGUUGAGGGGGAGGGGUGGUGGACGUGGCGUUCCCGAGCCGGGCAGAGAAGGAAGUGGGCUACGGGGUAGAGGUGGUAGAGGAGGGUUUAUGGGGAGAGGGGGCCAGGCCCAACAGGACAGUGGUCGUUUCCACGAAGGCAGGGGAGGGCGUUUGGAUAGAGGUCGAGCUGGACUUUCUAAUGUGUCUCGGGGUGGUCAUUUUGAGCAAGGUGGAAGGGAGAGUUUCUCUGAGGGGAGUGGAGGGGGUCUAUCUAAUAGAGGAAGAGGGGGCUAUUCCGAUAGGGGCAGAGGGGGUGUGUCGGAGAGAGGCAAAGGUGGUCUCCCUGAGAGAGGAAGAGGAGGCUUGUCAGAGAGAGGCAGAGGAGGCGUGUCUGAAAGAGGCAGAGGUGUAUUUUCUAACAGAGGGAGGGGGGCUGCACCCCCUCAUGGCCAGAAUGUUGUUGAGCGUGAGUGGGGCAGAAAUGUUCAAAGUUCCGACCACCGAUUUCAGGCUCCCGCCGGCUCCCACUCGGAGGAUUAUGGGUAUGGUGGUGAAGAUCAGCCUCAGUACGAGGAAGUGGAGGGAGAGUAUGGAUAUAGAGAGAAGAGGGGCCCUCCGCAUGAGCAACGGGGAAGUUUUGGGCAUCAAGGACAGAAUUUUGGGUCGGGUGGAAGUGGGGCGCAUCACGGCCAGGAUUAUGGUUACGAUGAGACGUCUUCCAGUGACCUUCAUUUUCACGGGCAAGAUGAACACCGGGGAGCUGCUGCGUGGCACGAGACGCCAGACCGAGGAAGAGGCAGAGGCUCUCAGCCUCCGGGCAGAGGUCGAGGUGUUGCCGCCAGCCGGCCACCUCAGGCAGGAGCAGCCAGAGGCAGGGGGAGGGGCAGACCCUCUCUCUUACAAACUCCCCCGGCAGCGUCAUCGCAGGAGUACGGGGAAAAGGGCUACGGUGGUGAAGGAGACUUUGCCCAGUACGGAGGGUACGAGGGAGGCAGCUACGGCGAGCCCAGCCAGUACGAACACUCUUACGAAGGUGAAGGUCAGAAAGUUGGGGAGUACGGCAAACCGUUUGUGGCCGAUCCGCCAGCGGUCCAUCAUCUGCGUGGCCGAGGGGUUCGAGGUCGCACCAGACCGGCCCGGGGGCGCGGCGGAUCCUUCCAGGCCCCAUACCCUCAAUCGCAGUCUCAGCAGCAUUUGCCCAUGGACAGUGACAUAUUUUUCUAGUUGCAGUUUUGAUUUUGUUUGAGGGGAGGGGGUCUAUAUAUCUAUAUAUAUAUAUAU